AUGGGAUGCAAUCAAUCAACAGCUACUGCAAUAGUAUCACCAACUCCACCUGUCGAACCAGCAAAAAUCAAAGAAGAAACUGAAAAUUCUCCAAGAAAAGAUGAUACAUAUUUAAUGUAUUGUCAAUUAUUCAAAGAACUUUUAUCUGAAAUGAACGAAAAUGAUCGAUCAAAAGUUAUUUCUUAUUGUUCUGAUCUUUAUACAGAAGAAAAUAUUUCUGAUUUAAUUCCAACAAAUCCCGAAUUAAUUAAUCUUACUGAUUAUAUGAGAGAGAAAAUAAAAGAUGAAAAUCCAUUAUUUGCUAUGGGUCGUCUUAUGUUAGAAAUGGGUUCAUAUGAUCGAGCAGAAUAUUUUUAUUUAAAAGCUUUACCUAGAGAAAAACAAAAUUGGAUUCGUCAAUCUGCUCUAUUGAAUAAUUUAGGUAAAACUUAUCAAGAACAAGAAAAAUAUGAACAAGCACUUGAAUAUUAUGAAAAAGCCGUUACAGCAGCAGCCACGACCGGUUUCGACCUUGCUGAAGGGUCUCAUCAGGUGGCAUAA